AUGAGUAACCGCAGCCAGGUCCUGUCCCUCCUCCUGCCUCCUACUAGUCUCGGUAACGUCCUGGUCCUCCUCUUCAGCAUCACUCUCUCCUCUGUCAUCAUCUUCUUGAACGCGUCCGUGGGCCUGGCCAUCCUGCUCAACAAGGCCCUGCGUAACGAGAACCGCUUCCUCUACAUGUUCAGUACGUGCUUCAGCGACGUCUGCACCGGCGUCUCCUACCUCUACGUCGGGGUGUUUGACGUGCGGGACAGCAGCAACACCCCCGCCACGCUGUACAUCGCCCCCACGUUUUUAGGCCUGUCCUUUAUGGCUGUAAUGGCAGCGCAGGCGGACCGGUACCACGCCGUUGUGUCUCCGUUCAAGUACACACAACGCAUGACGCGCAACAAGACCGUGGUUAUUAUAGUCGUGUACUGGGCUUACGCGUUCGCAGUGGUGGCCAUGCACAAUCUGAUGCCCCAGGGGGUGAUAAGAAGUUUCACAGCCACGGGUGCGUUCGUGGCCAAUAUUCUCAUGGUGGUCAUUAUGAUUGGUCUGAAUAUUCGCUUGUUUUUAAUCGCCAAGUUCCAGCUGGACAAGGUGAGUCCCCAAACGGAUCCGGAGCGGGACAGCAAGCGCGCGUCGAUUAACCUGGUGCUGAUAGUUGUGGCGUUUUUUCUGGCCGCGUGGACGCCGAUGUUCGUGCAUGUGAUUUUCUGUAACUUCUCCGGGUUCAGGUGUUAUAUGUUCAGGAACGAGGGCACGGAUCCCAUUCGCAUCUUGCCCCGGAUCAACUCUGCGCUCACGCCGCUGCUGUACCUCCGCGGGUGUGCGGCGGUCAGAGCCACGGUGGUGUCGCGGGUGUGGAGGCACUGCAGGCGGGGAAGCGUGACGGCCUGA